UUCUCAUUCACCCAUCUCAUACCAAUCUACAAACUACUCGUGCACGGCCGGCAGUCCCCGUCCCCCACUUCUACAGUAGACAGCUAGCACUCUCUCUAACUUAUCGAGGAGGCACACGCGCCUCUGCAAGUCUACCUCGCAUCAACGCUCUAGCCCUCACACCAUAGAAUGUGUGGUGUCGGCUUCAUCUGCCACAUCAAGGGCCAUGGCAACCACAAGAUCGUGAGCGAUGCUCGCAGCAUCCUCUGCAACAUGACGCACCGCGGCGCCACCGGCGCCGACGCGCGCGAUGGCGACGGUGCAGGCGUCAUGACCGGUAUUCCGCACGAGUUCUUCGUCCGCGAGGCUCCCCACUCGUUUGCUGCCGAGAUCCCCGCCGAGGGCACGUAUGCCGUCGGCAACGUGUUCCUCUCACAGUCCGGUUACGAGGCCCAGCAGCUCGAGUUUGAGGAGACGGCCCGCGGGCUCGGUCUCCGCACCCUCGGCUGGCGCCACGUUCCGACCGACAAUUCCAUCCUUGGCCCCGCCGCCAAGGGCCGCGAGCCCCGUAUCAUGCAGCCCUUUGUUGUGCUGCAAGACUACUACGGCGACGGUGUCAAGUGCGCCGGCGGCAACUACGACGAGCGCUACUUCCUGCGCCAGCUCUACGUGCUCCGCAAGAAGGCGACGCACAAGAUCGGCCUCAAGUCGGGCUUUUACAUCUGCUCCCUUACCCCGAGCAACAUUGUGUACAAGGGCCAGCUCUCCCCCGUCCAGGUCUACAACUACUACCACGACCUCAACCACGCGCUCUACAAGUCGCACUUUGCGUUGGUGCACUCGCGCUUCUCUACCAACACCUUCCCUUCAUGGGACCGCGCGCAGCCCAUGCGCUGGGCCGCCCACAACGGUGAGAUCAACACGGUUCGCGGCAACAAGAACUGGAUGCGUGCCCGCGAGGGCCACCUCAAGUCGGAGCACUUUGGCAAGGAGCUCGAGCAGCUGUACCCGAUCGUUGAGGAUGGCGGCUCGGACUCGGCCGCGUUCGACAACGUCCUCGAGCUGCUUGUUGUCAACGGCGUCCUUACCCUCCCCGAGGCCGUCAUGAUGAUGGUCCCCGAGGCAUGGCAGAACAAUGACCUUAUGGAACCCGAAAAGAAGGCAUUCUACAACUGGGCAGGCUCCCUUAUGGAGCCGUGGGACGGCCCCGCCCUCUUCACCUUCUCCGACGGCCGCUUCUGCGGCGCCAACCUCGACCGUAACGGACUGCGUCCGUGCCGCUACGUCGUCACCUCUGACGACAUCAUGGUGUGCGCUUCCGAGGUCGGCACCAUCAGCCUUGACCCCGAGCGCAUUGUGCAGAAGGGCCGCCUCAAGCCCGGCCGUAUGUUGCUGGUCGACACCAAGGAGGGGCGUAUUGUCGACGACCGCGAGCUCAAGCUCAACACGGCCAAGCGCCAGCCUUUCGAGGCCUGGAUUCAGAGCCAGGUCAUGACGCUGCCUGACGUCGUGCGCCGCGUCCAGCGCCGCCUGGACAUUGCCCCCAAGUUGGACACCACCACACUCUCCAACGACCCCAAGCUGCUCGCGUUCGGCUACUCGCUCGAGUCGCUCAGCAUGCUCAUGCUCCCCAUGGUGCAGGAGGGUCACGAGGCGCUCGGCUCGAUGGGUAACGACGCCGCGCUCGCGUGCGUCUCCCAGACGCCCCACAACGUCUACGACUACUUCCGUCAGCUGUUCGCUCAGGUCACCAACCCGCCCAUCGACCCAAUCCGCGAGGCCAUCGUCAUGUCCCUUGAAACGCUCGUCGGCCCCGAGGGCAACCUCCUCGAGAUGAACGCAAAGCAGGCACACCGCCUGCGUCUCAAGUCUCCCAUUCUCACCAUCGAGGAGAUGAACGCGAUUAAGAACUACACCGAGGCGUUCUCGGACUGGCCCACCCUUACCAUCGACAUCACCUUCCCCAAGGGCGAGGGUCUCCCCGGCUUCCGUACCGCUCUUGAGCGCGUUCGCGCUGAGGCGCUCGACGCGGUGAACAAUGGCUACAAGAUUGUCAUCCUCUCGGACCGCAACACGAGCCCUGACCGUGUCGCGCUCUCGGCGCUGCUUGCCACCGGUGGUGUCCACCACUACCUUGUCAAGCAGAAGAAGCGUUCGGACGUCGCCAUCAUGGUCGACACGGCCGAGGCGCGCGAGGUGCACCACAUGUGUGUCCUCACCGGCUACGGUGCCGACGCCAUUUGCCCCUGGCUCGUCAUGGAGAUGAUCUACAAGAUCGAGCGCGAGGGCAUGGCCAAGGACGGCCAGAGCGCUGAGCAGCUCAUUGAGAACUACAUCAAGGCGCUCGACGAGGGCAUCCUCAAGGUACUCUCGAAGAUGGGUGUCUCGACCCUCGCGUCUUACAAGGGUGCACAGCUCUUCGAGGCCCUCGGCAUCCACGAGGAGGUCAUUGACGAGUGCUUCGUCGGCACCGCCUCGCGCGUGCAAGGCGCGACGUUCGAGCUCUUGGCCAUGGACUCGUUCGAGUUCCACGAGCGCGCGUGGCCUUCGCGUUCGACCGUCCGCAUCCCCGGUCUGCCCGAGUCGGGUGAAUACCACUACCGCAACGGUGCUGAGCUGCGCAUUAACGAGCCCAUCUCCAUCGCGAACCUCCAGGACGCGGUGCGUGAGAAGAACCAAAAGGCGUACGACACGUACGCCAAGAACAGCCACGAGUCGAUUAAGCGCGCCACCCUCCGUGGCAUGCUCGACUUUGCGUUUGACGAGGCCAAGAGCGUGCCCAUUGACCAGGUAGAGCCGUGGAACGAGAUCGUGCGCCGCUGCGUCACCGGCGCCAUGUCGUACGGCUCCAUCUCGAUGGAGUCGCACACCACGCUCGCCAUCGCCAUGAACCGUCUCGGCGGCAAAUCCAACACCGGCGAGGGUGGCGAGGACGCCGAGCGCUCCAUUCCCAUCCCUGGUCCGGGCAAGUCGACGGGCGAGGGCCCCUACCGCCACGCCAUGGAGCUGCAGCCCGAGUGGGACUCGCGGCGCUCGGCAAUUAAGCAGGUCGCUUCGGGCCGUUUCGGAGUGACCUCCAACUACCUCGCCGAUGCGGACGAACUGCAGAUCAAGAUGGCGCAGGGUGCCAAGCCCGGAGAGGGCGGUGAGCUGCCCGGCCACAAGGUGUCGCAGUCGAUCGGCAAGACGCGUCACUCGACGCCGGGCGUCACUCUCGUAUCGCCUCCGCCGCACCACGACAUUUACUCGAUUGAGGACCUGAAGCAGCUCAUCUACGACCUCAAGUCGUCGAACCCGCGUGCGCGCGUGAGCGUCAAGCUUGUGUCUGAGGUCGGCGUUGGCAUCGUCGCCUCCGGUGUUGCCAAGGCCAAGGCCGACCACAUCACCAUCUCGGGCCACGACGGCGGCACUGGUGCCGCCAAGUGGACUUCGAUCAAGUACGCUGGUCUGCCGUGGGAGCUGGGUCUCGCCGAGACGCACCAGACGCUCGUGCUCAACGACCUCCGUGGCCGCGUCACCGUCCAGACCGACGGCCAGAUCCGUACCGGCCGCGACAUUGCCAUUGCGACGCUUCUCGGUGCGGAGGAGUGGGGCUUCGCCACCACCCCGCUCAUCGCCAUGGGUUGCAUCAUGAUGAAGGCAUGCCACAAGAACACCUGCCCCGUCGGUAUUGCGACGCAGGACCCGGCGCUCCGGGCGAAGUUUGCUGGCCAGCCCGAGCAGGUCAUCAACUUCUUCUACUACAUCAUCGAGGAGCUGCGUGUCAUCAUGGCCCGUCUUGGUAUCCGUACUAUCAACGAGAUGAUCGGCCGUGCCGACCUCCUCCGCGUCGACGAGAGCUUGCGCACCCCCAAGACGCAGCACCUCGACCUCGGCGCAAUUGUGAAGCCCGCCCACCUGCUCCGCAAGGACGUCGCGACUCACCGCGUCCGCCAGCAGGACCACAAGCUCUACGUGCGCCUCGACAACAAGUUCAUCGACGAGGCUGAGCCGGCCCUCACCAAGGGCCUGCCCGUCGAGAUCGACUGCGACGUCGUCAACACCGACCGUGCGCUCGGCACGACGCUCUCGUACCAUGUCUCGAAGCGGUACGGUGAGGCCGGUCUGCCGCGCGACACCAUCCGCAUCAACAUGAAGGGUUCGGCCGGUCAGUCGCUCGGCGCGUUCCUCGCCCCCGGUGUCACCAUCGAGCUCGAGGGUGACGCCAACGACUACGUCGGCAAGGGCCUCUCCGGCGGUCGCCUCAUUGCGUACCCGCCCAAGAAGUCGAGCUUUAAGGCUGAGGAGAACAUCAUCAUCGGCAAUGUGUGCUUCUUCGGCGCGACUAGCGGCCAGGCAUUCAUCCGCGGCAUUGCCGCCGAGCGCUUCGCCGUGCGUAACUCGGGUGCCACCCUGGUCGUUGAGGGCACCGGCGACCACGGAUGCGAGUACAUGACUGGCGGCCGUGUCGUCGUUCUCGGCCUCACUGGCCGCAACUUCGCCGCCGGUAUGUCGGGCGGUAUCGCGUACGUGCUCGACAUGAGCCACUCGCUCGCGCCCAAGGUCAACAUGGGUACAGUCGAGCUAGGCAAGGUCUCCGACCCGCACGAGAUCGCUGAGCUGCGCUCGCUCAUCGAGGAGCACCGCCACUACACGGGCUCUGAGAUGGCUGACCGCGUCCUGCGCAACUUCCACCACAUGCUGCCCAUGUUCGUGCGCGUCAUGCCGCUCGACUACAAGCGCGUGCUGGAGGAGCAGGCCGCUGCCGCCGCCGAGGCCAAGCGCAAGAUGACCAACAUCGACCUGAUUCCGUCGCAGACCGCGUCGCAGGUCGACCUCGUUGCUACCGGCUUCGACCCCGUGCUUCCCCGCAGCAUGAGCAGCAUGGCGAUUACGCCGCGCGCGACGGCGCCGUCCAGCCCGCGCCCGCAGGAACCGGCGCUGCUCGACAUGGAGGACUCCAUGAUUGACGAGGACCUGGCUAAGAACCGUGCGGCCAAGCUCGACAAGACCCGUGGCUUCAUGAAGUACAAGCGCCUGAACGAGGCGUACCGCCCGCCGCGCAAGCGUGUCAAGGACUGGAAGGAGAUCAGCGCGGCGCUCACCAAGGCCGAGGUCACACAGCAGACUGCGCGCUGCAUGGACUGCGGUAUCCCCUUCUGCCAGAGUGCAGGCUACGGAUGCCCGAUCGCCAACGUCAUCCCCAAGUUUAACCAGCUUGUGUUCGACGACAAGAUCAAGGACGCCUUCUACCGUCUUCGCCUCACCAACCCCUUCCCCGAGUUCACAGGUCGCGUGUGCCCCGCGCCAUGUGAGAGCGCAUGUGUUCUCGGCAUCAACGAGGCGCCGGUCGGUAUCAAGUCGGUCGAGCGCUGGAUCGCCGACCAGGGUUGGAAGAACGGGUGGAUGGUCCCCGCCAUUCCCGAGGUGCGCACCGGCUACAAGGUUGCGGUUAUCGGCGCCGGCCCCGCUGGCCUCGCUGCCGCCGACCAGCUCAACAAGGCCGGACACACCGUCACCGUGUACGACCGCAACGACCGCAUCGGUGGUCUGCUCAUGUACGGCAUCCCCAACAUGAAGCUGGACAAGGAGCUGGUUCAGAAGCGCGUGGACCUUAUGGCGGCUGAGGGCGUCAAGUUUGUGACGGGCGCGCACGUCGGUGUCAACCUCGACGCGCUCGACAUCAAGGCGGAGAACGACGCCGUUCUCGUCUCGACGGGUGCGACGUGGCCGCGCGAUCUCAAGGCGCCGGGCCGCGACGCCAAGAAGGGCAUCUACUUCGCCAUGGACUACCUCCAGGCAAACACCAAGUCGCUCCUCGACUCGAAGCUGGAGGACGGCCACUUCCUGAAUGCCAAGGGCCUCGACGUCGUGGUCAUCGGCGGAGGAGACACUGGUAACGAUUGCAUUGGCACGGCGAUGCGCCACGGCGCCAAGAGCGUGACCAACUUCGAGCUUCUCCCCGAACCCCCCGUGAGCCGGCCGGCGGACCAGCCAUGGCCCACGAUGGCACGCCUGAAGAAGAACGACUACGGACACCAGGAGGUCAUGGCGCACACGCACCGCGACCCCCGCGAGUUCUGCAUCUCGACCAAGCGCUUCGUGCUCGACGAUGCGGGCGCGCUUGCCGGCAUCGAGACUGUGCGCGUCGAGUGGACUAGCUCGGGCGGCCAGUGGAAGAUGGAGGAGGUCAAGGGCAGCGAGGAGUUCUUCCCGUGCCAGAUGGCGCUGCUGGCGCUCGGCUUCCUCGGCCCCCAGAAGGAGCUCGUGGAUGCGCUCAGCCUCACCACCGACCCGCGCUCUAACAUCCGCACGCCGGAGGGCAAGUACGACACGAACGUCCCGGGCGUCUUUGCUGCAGGCGACUGCAGGCGUGGUCAAAGCCUUGUCGUCUGGGGCAUCCGCGAAGGACGCGGCGCGGCAGAGGAGAUCGACCGCUUCCUGAUGGGCGACACGCGCCUGGCGCACCAGGGCGGCCUGCCCGUGCGCUCGUGGGUUCCGCCGCGCGUGACAUGCGGCUCAGGGUGCCAGGGCGGAGAGUGUGCCAACGGCAACGGCAAGAGCGAGUGUGACGAGGAUCUGAAGACCGAGGUCGGGGACGACGACGAGGAAAAGCCGUGGGCUAACGGCAACGGCGCGGUCGCGGUCGAGGCGUAGGUCAGCAUUGGUUGUAGAAGUCAAACUUGAAUGUAGUGAUAUCUCUAUGGGGU